ACUGUGACCUAUGGGGAGUGUGGGGAGUGAGUAGGUAUGUAAUCUGUUAUAAAUAUCACAUAAGCUAAGUGUCUGAGGUUUCGGAGUGAGGAGGGCACAUCCUAGUACCCCACAGCUCCUGAAUUACCUCGUUACAUUUUCUUUAGCUGGAGUGCAACCUGUUAGGUUACUAAGCAGUUCCUCACAUAAUUUGUUGACUAAGUACUUCCAGCAAAACCAUUGUUUCAUAAAAGUGUGCGGGUAAACUGACUGUCCUGAUUUGAUUUGCCUGCGUUCUAACUAUCUUUAGAUGCGAAAGGACAAAUCAGGUACAAGGUGUUUUGGAUGAGAUGCGCACGGGAAGUGUUUCUACAGAAACAGUUUUCUGGCGAGGUGGGAAGGCAACCCUGGGUUAUUAGAAGUAGAAGCAAGAGACUUAAAGAGCUGGGAAGGAGGGAGUAGAAGUAGAAGCAAGAGACUUAAAGAGCUGGGAAGGAGGGAGGCAGUUGUCCUGGAAGAACGCGUACAGAGAAGCAGCGAGUUCUGAGAGCCAGUAGGCGAAGUGUCCCUGUCGGGGCAGAGGGAAAGGACACCCAGGGACUGUGGCUGGUCACCCUGCUCGGGAUUUCUGCAGCAGCCGUCCCAGAAGGACAAGAGAGAGGUCCUGCGCAGGAGGGCUGGACGGCUUGGGCGCGCUAGCAGCCGGAUUCAGACAGGGUUAAGACCAUCACCUGCAGUUGAAGUGCGACCCAGAUGGGAAGUAGGAAGUGCCGCGCCUGAGCUUCCUGUAUAAAUAACCGCGCGGCUCCCGGCGCUGCUGCUGGCGUGCUGAGCCCCACGCUCUGCAAGGUUCCCGGGCAUCGCAGCUGCGCCCCGAGGCAGGAGGCGGCUGUAGGUACUCCUCCUCCUCCAGCCCAAUAGGUCUGGGAGCCCGAGCCCUGUUGCAGUCCUGCAGAGUGCAGAGCUGUCAGCCGCGGAGCUCGGAGGAAGAGGGAGAGAAUGCAACAGCUCCUCGUCCCCAGCGUGCGAGCAGCCCCGGCUGGCGGUGCGCGCGAGGGAGGCUGCUGAGAAGCCCGGCGGCCGGGAGGAACGUAGCUCUCCCUCCAGGGACUGAGGAGACUGAAGGACACUGAAGACAGGCUGAUGGGCUCAGUUGGUAGGCUCCACUAUCUCACCAUGACUGCCGCCGAAAAUCCCACGCCUGGAGACCUGGCUCUGGCCCCCCUCGUCACUUGCAAACUCUGCCUGUGUGAACAGUCUCUGGACAAGAUGACCACGCUCCAGGAAUGCCGGUGCAUCUUUUGCACAGCUUGCCUGAAACAGUACAUGCAGCUGGCAAUCCGAGAAGGAUGUGGGUCUCCCAUCACUUGCCCUGACAUGGUGUGCCUAAACCACGGGACCCUGCAGGAAGCUGAGAUUGCCUGUUUGGUACCUGUGGAUCAGUUUCAGCUUUAUCAGCGGUUAAAAUUUGAACGAGAAGUUCACCUGGACCCCUACAGAACGUGGUGUCCCGUCGCAGACUGUCAGACAGUGUGCCCCGUGGCAUCAAGUGAGCCAGGACAGCCUGUGCUGGUGGAGUGCCCUUCCUGCCACCUGAAGUUCUGCUCGUGUUGCAAGGAUGCUUGGCAUGCAGAGGUCUCCUGCAGAGACAAUCAGCCCAGCGUCCUGCCAACAGAGCACGGGACCCUCUUUGGGACGGAGGCAGAAGCCCCCAUUAAGCAAUGCCCAGUAUGCCGGGUUUAUAUUGAACGCAACGAAGGCUGUGCUCAGAUGAUGUGUAAGAACUGCAAGCACACGUUUUGCUGGUACUGCCUCCAGAACCUGGACAAUGACAUUUUCCUCAGACAUUAUGACAAAGGACCAUGUAGGAAUAAGCUCGGCCACUCGAGAGCCUCCGUGAUGUGGAACCGAACACAGGUGGUCGGGAUUCUCGUGGGGUUGGGCAUCAUUGCCUUGGUGACGUCACCCUUGCUGCUCCUGGCUUCCCCGUGUAUAAUCUGUUGUGUCUGCAAGUCCUGCCGGGGCAAGAAGAAAAAGCAUGACCCACCCACAACCUAGAGAUCUCCUUUCGUGUCCAUGUGCCACAGACAUCUGGGUUGUACGAGACAGAGCAGUGAUAAAGCCCCACUUAAGUGAACUCGCCUCCUUCUCCUCGCCAGACUUUGGAAGUGCCUCUGUGUCCAGACUUUGAACGUACCUGCCCACCUUCGGCAUCCAAAAAGGCCAAGCGCUGGUGCCUGUGUUCCUGUGUAAAGAGAACCGCGUUCGACAGUCCAGGCUGUGUCUUCGAAGCGUGUUGGGAAGCUUUGGGGUUGACAGGGAGGAGGUCACAUCAUACUGUCAUCUGAAGGAGCCCACUGGACUGUUCAACUUCCAGCCACAUCCAAGGAGCCUGAAUGAACACUCGAUAUAAUAAAUGUGCUGCCGGUUAUGACAACACACAUGCCAACUGAGAAGCCAGAGUCUACUCUGUGUUGAUUUGACCACCAUGAGAAGCAGGAGGGAAACCUCCCAUAGGAGGGGAAUAAUGAGGCUGUUUAAGGGGAAAUUCUUAUAAGCAUUGUAAUUCUUAGAAGAAUUAUAAGAGGGCUGCUUAUCUUAGGAGUUGAUAGGGGGGUUCUGCCGCUGCCCGUCACUGGGUGUGCUGAUUCCCCCAGUGACUUGGCAGAAACACAAUAGGUUUCUUUUGUGUGAUCUCAGCUUCAAGCAGGAGAAACUGCUGUGCGGAGGGAGUUGUCCCUUCCCAGAAAAAAGGGCUGCAGCAGGUAAAAUAAUCUGGUCUAAUUUAGUAUCUCUCCCCUGGGUGAUAAACUUUUCUUACAGCCAGGAGCUGUGGUCUCCAGGAUUAUUUUAUAUGAAGUAUGGGUAAAGUGGCAGAGAUUCAAAAUCAUUGUCGUAGGUCUCGGGGACCUUUCUCGAGCUCUCUGUUCAUGCUCCCAACAGAUGUAGAACUGGAUCUACAAGUACACACUGGACCUACAAGUCCAAGAGUGUAUAUUAAAGUCCAUAGGUGUAUCUAGAAUCCGUAUAACUUGCUGCCUACCUAGAGUUUCUAUUCAUUGGGCAUGAAUGGAUAUACCCAAUAGUACACAUAAAACAAACAUCUACUUAAAAGCCAUUCUGUCUUCUGGGACUAAUAUGGUUUAUUAAUAAAUCAACCUAAAUACUUUUUGCAUACUGUAUAUGUAAAUUUUGGUUACAAGUUCAUAAGUUACCCAAAGGUUUUGACUUGUAAACAUAACUCUUUUAAAACAGCACUUAGUACAAUGUGCCAUCCCAGUUUGUAAAAACACUAAUUGGUAAUCGAGUUAUGUCCUUUCAAACAUGAUUCAGAACAGCUCUCUUCCCAGCAAAGUUUUACUUUCUUUCAGUAUCUGUGAGGGCAGUUGGAGUACUUUUUAUAUGUACGGGGCACUGGUAAAACGACACAAGAUAUCUGAGAAACAAAAUGUAAAUGCUUUAUAUAUCUUAAGUGGUUUGGGUUUGUAUCACCUCACAUGGCUUAUUUUUCCCAUUAUACCAUCAGUCAGAUUUUGAGUAAACGAGUUUUCAAAAGACAAUAACUUUUACUAUAAUUGCCAUCAGCAAAGUAGCCUGGUGCUUCAUGAGAACUGUAUUAAAUGUUAGCGGAUGGCUGUCCUUGAAGCUAGGGGUACCACAUCAGGACCUGUUUCCCGAGGUAACUGGGUAACUAGACUAUUAAAUUGCUGCUAUCCUGGACCUGUUAUUAAAGAACGAUGCUUUGCCUAUGUAAUGGAUUGUAUUCUAAGUGGAGAUGUGUAUAUUUAAGGAAAUUUAAUUCACAUGUACAUAUUGAUAUCUGAUAUAUGUAUAGUACAUCUAUUGGUUGUGUACAUUUUUAUUUACAGUUUGUAUAGAUCAUAGAUGAGAACUCUGGGAAAACUUUUGAACGGCAACCAACCCCAAAAUAUUUUUAAUUAUUCAUUAGAAAUUUCUCAAUCUUAAGGGUCUUUAUUUUCCUUUGAAACUCUAAACACUUCAGGAAAAAAAAAUCAAAAUCUUCUUCCAUCACUGUAUUUUCAUAUUAGUACAAAUAUAAAUGGACAUAUAUUUGAAUAAUUUGCUUUGUCUUAACACUGCCUCAUGAUAGUACAGGGCAUUUAUAACUGCUCAGGGGAUCACAGGAACUCAAUGGAAAUUGAAUUUUUCUAUCAAGAAUGUCUGUCAUGGCAAUGCACUCCCCCAUAUCAGUGCACUCUCCAAGCUUGGUUCCACAAAGAAUCUUGAGACGGGCUGAUUUCAAGUAACCUGAAAUGCUAUGCUAUCAGAGGCAGAGCUCCUGGAUUUGGAGUAAAGGUGGAAGAAAGCAUCUGUGCUAUUUCCUUGACACAUUGAAGGAAUAUGUCUUCUGACCCAGAUACUGUAAAAGAAUUAGCUUACUUUUUUGUGGGGAGUAGGGAGUGUUUGUCAAAUAGAUUUUAAAUAACUGGAUUUAAGUUUUUAAAUGUUGAAAAGUGCCUGGAAAUUGGUGACUUCUUCCUUAAAUCGCUCAACAAUUUUGCCUAUGUGACAUUGUCGGAAUCAACAGGAACAGGUCAGUUGGUUAAAACCCAAAUAUAUCUCCAGUGCAUUCAAAGGGCGAGAUCCAAGCCAGUCUAGAGAUUGUGUUUAUAAUGGGGAAAGCUGACAACUUUGAUAACAGAGACUGAUGUUUUCAUUUUGUAUGAUUGGCCAGAGAAAGGGUUUAACCUUGGCCGCCUUCCUCUGUUUGUCAGCUUGAUCCUUUCCUAGUGAUUCUCUGUCUGUACUAGGUAGAAAUGUGGGUCUAUGUAAUAAUAUUUGGAUGCUGUGGCAAAACUCUUUUUGUGUUUGAAGCGGUAUAUAGUCCAUUUGAAACAGAAACUAAACAAAUCCUUGGCCACAAUGUAAUCUGGAUGUAGUAACUCACCAUCCAGAAAAGCUAUAUGCAAUGCCAUAACAUCUAGCUGUUGCCCCUUCUAGAAAUGUCUCUAUGGUUAUUAGGUAGGGAGGUGAAGAGGAAACCCAAAUGGAAGCAAAUUUUAGAAUCUUAGGCAUCCUAUUUGUUCACAUCAUGGAUGUUUGCUCUGGACUUGAAAUCUCUAGUUUGAAAGAGGCCUUUGAAAAACAAACAAUUCACAGUGUGAAUUUUCUUGUUGCCUUCAUCAGAAAAAUCUUCCCUGUUCAGGUUCGAAAAUCUUCAUGGUUAUUUGAAUGUAAAUCACCGUUUCUUGGAACCCCAGUUGUCUCUUAAAAAUUAUACAGAAUCUAAAUAUGUAUUACUUUAGCUUUCCCUGCGCAGUGCUUCUAAAAGACUCUGUUCAUGAUGGAUGCCUUUAUGUUUCUUAAAAUAUGUGUGUAUGUGUAGCUUUAAAGACAAUUUCAGAAUGCCUUAGAUGAAUGACAUUUUAUGUAGCUGUUACAGUUGAUAUCUAUAGGCUAUUACAUCUCUGUUGAUUCAUGAUCCAGAAAGUUUUGUUAUGUAUUUAAGAAGUUGCUGUUGUAUUAUAUUUUUUCAAGUAUUUGAAAGGAAAAUGGCGGUUUUAGUCUCUCUGGCCCCAAUAAAUGUGGAGCAGGAAA